CCAACACUCAAACACUGAAUGCAUAGAAAAACAUAAACAUUGGAUAAACAGCUGAUCUGAAUAUGUGUUGUGUUGUUAUUCAACGCUCAUUUCACAACUCAUCUCAUUAUUCAUUAAAUUAUAUUUAAUUCAAUCAUUUAUUUAAUCAUUUAAACGAUUCAUAACAUCUUUGAGUUGAUCCCAAACCCAUCGGCAAACCUACUGUUCAUUGAAAAUGUUAUGAAACACCCGUUUUGUGGCCCAAAACACAAUCACCUAAUUUUUCGGUGCCAUUCAAUCAAUGCCUCAAACCAUGUGUUCAUUAGUUGUCAUAUUAAUUACGGUCGCAAUUAAGUCAACACGUGUUGACUCUCUGGACAAUGGGUUAUGUCUGACACCACCGAUGGGUUGGCUCUCGUGGGAGAGGUUUGGAUGCAAUACUAAAUGCAAUAUACAUAAGGAUCAGUGCAUUAGUGAGAAACUGUUCACAGAUAUGGCCGACCGUCUGGUGGCCGACGGGUAUCGGGACGCGGGCUAUGAUAGGGUCAACAUCGAUGACUGUUGGAUGAGCCGUAACAGAGCCGAAGAUAAGCAACUACUACCUGAUCCGCACCGCUUUCCCAAUGGUAUUAAAUAUCUGUCAGAUUAUAUGCACUCAAGAGGUCUAAAGUUAGGCAUAUAUCAGAACUACGGUUUGCGGACAUGUAUGGGAUAUCCGGGACUCAUCGGCUUUCAGGCGAUGGACGCCAAGACAUUUGCCGAUUGGGGCGUCGAUAUGGUUAAAGUGGACGCGUGUUUCACUCCCGUUCACACUCUAGACAAAGGGUUUGAGGACUUUAGCCAAACACUGAACCAAACGGGUCGGGCAAUGGUAUACUCGUGCAGUUGGCCGUACUAUCAGUUGCACACUUCGCAAGUGAUUCCCAACUGGAAUCUCAUCGCCGAUAAGUGCAAUAUUUGGCGCACAUAUCACGACAUUCACACCAAUUGGAAAGAUAUUUUGGCCACAAUUGACUUCGUGGGCGACAAUCAGGAGAUAUUCAACCGUAAUGUAGGCCCCGGACGCUUCAAUGAUCCCGAUAUGCUAUUGAUUGGUAACGAAGGCCUAACAGUGGACCAGUCGAGGGUCCAAAUGGGCAUUUGGUCCAUAAUCGCCGCCCCGUUAUUCAUGUCCAACGACUUGAGACAUAUCGGCCGUGAAUUCAAAGACAUUUUGCUAAACAGGGCUGUGAUUGGUGUGAAUCAGGACCGUAUGGCCCGACCGGGCGUUCGGGUCUUUCACAACGAAACUCUUGACAUUUGGUUGCGUCCGAUAUUACCGGAGAGGAAGGACACAACCGGUGACCAGACGUCAUAUGCCGUGGCGUUUGUGAACCGACGCACCGAUAGUGCCAUCAGUAUUGGCGUCCGAUUACAAGAAUUGGGACUCAAAUACAAGUAUUUGUUUCGCGAUUUAUUUGACACCGAAAACAAUGUUUGGGAACCGAAAGCAAUGACCGGAACCGACGAAAUACACGUAACCAUACCUUCGACUGGCAUUCGGCUCUUCAAAGCAGAACUCGAUAUCUCUUCUCAAUCUCAAGACAAACAGUUAUAAUUCGGUUUAUGAGUGGGGGAGGGGUUCCCCUCCCGGUGCGUAAACCCAUGCCAUACAUCUCUGCCAUCAAACAUGUGAUACAAUUUAAGGGCAUAUAACGGG